AUGAAGCUUAUAUGGUCCCCUGAAUUGUCUUCCAAAGCCUAUCUCGAUACUGUCAAAGCAUGUGGGAUUAGCCAGGAAUCCGGCGUAGCAGAGCUGGUUUCGGCUAUGGCGGCCGGCUGGAACGCCAAAUUCAUAGUGGAGACAUGGUCCCGCGGUGGGCCGGUGGCGACCAGCAUCGGCCUCGCCGUCGCCAGCCGUCACUCCGGCGGGCGGCACGUGUGCGUGGUCCCCGACGAGAAUUCCAGAUCGGAGUAUUUGCAAGCACUACGUCAGGCUGGCGCGGCCAAUCAGGUGGUGGUGGGGGAAGCGGAAGAGGUUAUGCAAGGGCUGGAGGGGAUCGAUUUCCUUGUGGUAGAUUCGCGGCGGAAGGACUUCGCCAGGGCGUUGAGAGCGGCGAAGCUCAGCGGCAGGGGAGCGGUGCUAGUGUGUAAGAACGCUAGUUCGAAGCAGGCGGCGAGCUUUCGGUGGAGGAGGUAA